AUGGACGAGCAGAGGAGGCAGAACGUUGCCUAUCAGUACCUGUGUCACCUGGAGGAAGCCAAGCGCUGGAUGGAGGCCUGCCUGGGUGAGGGGCUGCCUCCCCCCACCGAGCUGGAGGAGACCCUGCGCAAUGGGGUCCUCCUGGCCAAGCUGGGCCACUGCUUCGCCCCCACUGUGGUCCCGUUGAAGAAGAUCUACGACCGUGAGCAGGCGCGGUACAAGGCAGCUGGGCUUCACUUUCGGCACACGGAUAACAUCAACUACUGGCGUGAUGCCAUGAGCCAUGUGGGGCUUCCCUCGAUCUUCCACCCGGAGACCACCGACAUCUAUGACAAGAAGAACAUGCCCCGGGUGGUCUACUGCAUCCAUGCACUCAGCUUGUAUCUCUUCAAGCUGGGGCUGGCUCCUCAGAUCCAGGACCUGUAUGGCAAAGUGAACUUCACAGAGGAGGAGAUCAACAACAUGAAGCGGGAGCUGGAGAAGUACGGGCUGCAGCUGCCUGCCUUCAGCAAGAUCGGCGGCAUUUUGGCCAACGAGCUCUCCGUGGAUGAAGCAGCAGUCCACGCCGCGGUGCUGGCGAUCAACGAGGCGGUGGAUCGGGGGGUGGUGGCCCAGACGAUGGAGACCCUCCGCAACCCCAGCGCGAUGCUGCGGGACCUGCGCCAGGGGCUGGCCGGCGCCUACCAGGAGCUGCUGCACCAGGCUAAGCUGGAGAAGGGCAGCAAUGCCAGGAACAGGUAUCUGCAGGUGAUCCCCGAGGGAGAAGAUGUCUACGACCGGUGUCUGACCCAGGCUGAAAUCCAAGGGAACAUCAACAAAGUGAAUGUGCACGGGGCUCUGGAGGAGGUGGACGAUGCCCUGCAGAGACAGGAUGUGCCAGCACUGCACCAGGCGCUGCAGGACCCCGUCCUGGCCCUGCGCUGCCUCCAGCGCGACAACCUCCAGCUCUACUUGGAGCAGCUCAGCGUGGACCGGGAGCAGAAGGCACUGGACCUGGGCUACCUGGAGCUGCUGGACCAGGAGGAGGUGCAGGCAGGGAUCCUCACGGCCAACAGGAGGGGCGAGGAGGAGCGAGCCAUGCUGCUGGCUGUCAGCCGGAUCAACGCCGCCAUCCGCCGAGGGAUGCCGGCUGAAACCGUGGAAGCACUCAGGGACCCUGCGGCGCAGCUGCCCGAUGUGCACCCCUUGGCUGCCCCCCUGUACCAGCACCAGCUGGCCCUGCUGCAGCGCCAGCACCCACAGGGUGAGCUGGCGCAGGAGGAGCUGUUCGUGGCUGUGGAGAUGCUCUCGGCCGUGGCGCUGGUCAACCAAGCCCUGGAUGCCAGGGAUCCUGACGGGCUCUGGAGCAGCCUGGUCAGCCCUGCCCUGGGCCUCUCGGGAGUUGAGGAUGCAAAUGCACAGAGGUACUUUGAGGACUUGCAGCAGCUGAAAGGCCAAUCUAGGGAAGCGGGAGCUGAAUUCCUGAGCUGGAAUGACAUUCAGGACAGUGUGAACAGCACCAAUUCAUCGGUGCAGGAUGAAAAUGACAGAGUGCAGGCGGUCCGGCUGGUCAACGAGGCGCUGCUACAGGCGGACCCCGAGAAGACGCUGGCGGCGCUGCUGCUGCUGGAGGCCAACCUGCCCGACAUGGCCCUCCCAAGCGCCCAGCGCUACCACCACGUCCUGUCCCGGGCUCGGAGGCAGAAAGCCCAGGCCACAGGGGAUGAUGGAGCUGUGCUUUGGUGGGAAGAGAUCCAGGAAGGGGUCUACCAGGCUAACCAGGACACAGUGGCAGCCAGAAGGAUGGCUCUGGGCAUUGCUGCCAUCAACCAGGCCAUCAAGGAAGGGAAGGCGACACAGACACUGCGGGUGCUGCGCAACCCCGACGUGGCCCUGUGUGGUGUGGUGAGCGCCUGUGCCGGUGCCUACCAGGAGCAACUGGCGGCUCUGAUGGCCACCAAGAGACCAGCAGGGAGUGAGAAGCUGUGCUGGGUCCGGCACAGGCUGCCAGACGGUGCUGAGUUCUACCUGAGCCUGAAGACCUUCGAGGGCAGCUGGCAGCGCCCACGCGACGGCGGCCUCAACACCACACACCUGAGCCGGGAGGAGAUCCAGGCUUGUUGGAGGGGGUACAAGCAGCGCAGAGCUUACCUGGAGAGGCUGCGCUACUUCAGGCAGAACAUUAAAGCUGUAAUUAAAAUCCAGGCUUUUGUGCGAGCGAACAGGGCCCGUGGGGAUUACAGGAUGCUGGUCCAUGCCAGGAGCCCACCGCUGAGCAUCGUCCGGCGCUUCAUCCACUUGCUGGAGCAGAGCCAGCACGACUUCUGGGAGGAGUCGGAGGUGCUGCGGCUGCAGGAGGAGGUGGUGAAGAGGAUCCGCGCCAGUCAGCAGCUGGAGAGCGACCUGGACCUCAUGGACAUCAAGAUUGGGCUGCUGGUCAAGAACAGGAUCACGCUGCAGGAGGUGGUCUCCCACUGCAAGAAGCUGACCAAGAAGAACAAGGAGCAGCUCUCAGAGAUGAUGUCCCUAGACAAGCAGAAGGGGCUCAAAUCACUCAGCAAGGAGAAGCGGCAGAAGCUGGAGGCCUACCAGCACCUCUUCUACCUGCUGCAGACACAGCCGGUCUACUUGGCCAGGCUGAUCUUCCAGAUGCCCCAGAACAAGUCCACCAAAUUCAUGGAGUCAGUAAUCUUCACGCUUUACAACUACGCAUCCAACCCACGGGAGGCUUACCUGCUGCUCCAGCUCUUCAAAGUGGCGCUGCAGGAGGAGGUCAGGUCCAAGGUAGACCAUGUGCACGACAUCCUGACCGGGAACGCCACGGUGAUCCGGCUGGUGGUCAGCUUCUACCGCAACACGCGCGGGCAGAACGCCCUGCGGCAGAUUCUGGGUGGCCCAGUGCGGGAGGUCCUGCAGGACAAGGCCCUCGGCAUCCGUACCGACCCCGUGGACAUCUACAAGGCGUGGAUCAACCAGACUGAGUCGCAGAGCGGGCAGAGGAGCGAGCUCCCGUACGAGGUCAGCCCUGAGCAGGCUCUCAGCCACCCCGAGGUCCAAAGGCGGUUGGAUAUUUCCAUCCGAAACCUCCUGGCAAUGACGGACAAGUUUGUCUCUGCCAUCACCUCUUCCGUCGACAAGAUCCCCUAUGGGAUGCGCUACAUGGCCAAAAUCCUGAGGGCAUCCUUGACUGAGAAAUUCCCCAAGGCCCCGGCAGAGGAAAUCGAUAAGAUUGUGGGCAACCUGCUCUACUACCGCUUCAUGAACCCGGCUGUGGUGGCCCCUGACGGCUUUGACGUGGUGGACAUCUCGGCCGGGGCGACCCUGCCCCCCGAGCAGCGCCGCAGCCUGGGCUCCAUCGCCAAAGUGCUGCAGCACGCGGCCGCCCGCAAGGCCUUCGACAGGGACAACGCCCACCUCUGCGGGGUGAACCAGUACCUGGAGGACACCCACAGCAAGUUCAGGAGGUUCAUCUCUGCCGCCUGCUGCGUCCCUGAACCAGAGGAGAGGUUUAAUGUGGACGAGUACUCAGAGAUGGUGGCGGUGGCCAAACCAGUCAUCUACAUCACUGUGGGGGAGCUCAUCAACACACACAAGCUCCUGCUCGAGCACCAGGACUCCAUCGCGCCGCACCAUGGAGACCCCCUGCACGAGCUCCUGGAGGAUCUUGAUGAGAUUCCUACAGUCCAGUCCCUGGUUGGGGAAAGUGUUGCCAGCCUGGCAGACAGUGGUGCUGAGCAGGCGCUCUCUCAGCUCAGCAGAACAGAGAUCUCCCUUACCCUCACUGGCAAGCUGGUGCCAGCGGCCAGCAGUGAUGAGAGUGACACAAGGAGCUUGCUGCUGAGCACCAAGCAGAUGCUGGUGGAUGUGAUCCAGUCCCAGCCAGGAGAUUCCCUCCCAGAAAUCCUGUGGACACCUGCCUCGGAACACGAGGAAGCCGCCCACGACCGCCUCGUGCACCGGCGGGCGCUGCAGGAUGCCCAGACCCCCGCCCAGCUGAGGCGGCACCGCUCCCUGGCUGCCAACAGGCAACUCUCCGUGGAGGAGAAGAAGCGCAAGAUCAUCCGCAACCUGCGGCGCUUGGAGAGCCUGGGGCUGGUGGACUCUGCCCACCAGUACCAGGAGCUCGUCGAUGAGCUGGCCAAGGACAUCCGGAACCAGCGGCGUCACCGGCAACACCGCCGCGCGGAGCUGCUGAAGCUGCGGCAGACCCUGCACGGCCUCGAUGCCAAGACCUUGUUUUACGAGGAGCAAAUCGAUUAUUACAACCAGUACAUCAAGACCUGCCUCGACAACCUGGCAGCCAGCAAUAAGGUCAGUGGGAAGAGUAAGAAGCUGCCAUCGCUGCACUACACGGCGGCCCGGCUGCAGGAGAAGGGGGUGCUGCUGGAGAUCCAGGACCUGCCACCCAGCCAGUUCAAGAACGUGAUUUUCGACAUCAUCCCCUGCGAGGAAUCGGGCAAGUUCCAGGUGAAAGCCAAAUUCAUGGGGAUCGACAUGGAGCGCUUCCAGCUGCACUACCAGGACCUGCUGCAGCUGCAGUACGAGGGCGUAGCAGUCAUGAAGAUGUUUGAUAAGGCCAAGGUCAACGUUAACCUGCUCAUUUUCCUCCUCAACAAGAAGUUCUUCAAGAAGUAA